UGCUCGUUAAGUAACAUUAGCGUAUCUGCCGAUGAGAUGGCACUAGUCAUUUGUUUAUCGCAGCAGUUUCGUUUUCUUUAUAAAGUCACUUCUUUAAUUUUCUACUGAUUCGAUAACUUUCGGCAUAGUGAUAUUCUGCUAAUGCAUUUGAAACUGUUGCCUGCAUUUCGAAGCACGAAGCCGUCGUGCUGCAGUUUCUACUGAAAAGAUUUUUUGGCUGCACGAGUUGGUACGUGAACACGGUGGCGCUUUUUCUUGCGUGGCUGUCGUUUUCCAGCAUUUUUCAAAAUUUUAUUUACCUCCUUAUUUGUUGGUUCUUCUCCAGCUGCGUAGCAUGCGGAGGCUGACUGAACGCUACUAGUCAGGUAGCAAGUGGACCAAGUAAACGCAUAAAUAUACAUAUAUCGGCGUAUUAAAAGCCGCAACGGAUCUUUGGCCAUCGCGGAUUCUGGUUCAGUCGCUUGUCCAAGGUCUUAGCUUUUAUUGUCAAGUGUGGAGUUUGUCCAAAUCACGACAGCACACUGCUGUAUUCGGCCUGUGUUAUUUUGGUGAUUAAGUGGAUUAUAAUCUGUUAAUCUGGAAAUUAAUCAUGGCGGGCAUCGGUAAUCGCCAGAGCUUCCUACUGACCCAGGAACAAAUUUUAGAGCUGUCGGAACAGUUUGAUUCGAUUGAUGAAAACGGAAAUGGUUACAUAGAAGCUGCUGAACUGAAAAAUGCAUUAGAUGCUGUCGGCUUCAAGAUUCCACAAUGGGAAGUGCGGAAAAUGAUUGAGGAUUUCGACAAAAACUCCAAGCAGCCAGUCGGAAAAGGAAAAUUGUCUUUUCAAGAAUUUCAAGAUUUAUGUUCAAAACUGAAAUCCAUGGAAGUUUCCACAACUUUCAAAAAGAUGGUCAACAAAAGGGAGAACCUGAAGACGCAUGGAGGAAUGUCACAGGCAUCAGUGGAAGGAACAACCCACUCGAUUCGUGUCGAAGAGCAGCUGGCCUUUUCCGACUGGAUUAACUCAAAUUUGUCAAAUGAUCCAGAUUUAAAGCACAUCCUACCAAUUGAUGCGGAGGGUAUCGGAUUAUACAGCAGCGUUCGCGAUGGAAUAUUGCUAUGUAAAACCAUCAACUUAGCAUGUCCUGAUACGAUUGAUGAAAGAGUGAUGAACAAGAAAAACCUGAACACGUAUACCCGCCAUGAAAACUUGACCUUAGCACUGAAUUCCGCCGAAUCCAUUGGUUGCAACAUUGUCAACAUCGAUGCCGAUGAUUUAUCAAAAGGCAAACCGCAUUUGGUUUUGGGACUUCUAUGGCAGAUCAUUCGGAUUGGUCUGUUCAACCAAAUUACCAUCGAACACUGUCCGGGAUUGGUUCUGCUCCUUAAUGAUGACGAAAAAAUUGAGGAUUUAUUACGAAUGGCCCCUGAGACCAUCCUACUUCGGUGGGUUAAUUACCACCUUAAAAAUGCCGGUGUGGACAGAAGAAUCAGCAAUUUUACCACGGAUAUUAAAGAUUCCUUUAUUUACACGCAUUUGUUGAACCAAAUUGCGCCGAAGGAUUCAAGUGUGGAUCUGAGACCUUUACAGGAGAACGAUGCACACCGACGAGCGGAACUAAUGCUUAAAAACGCUGGAAAAAUUAACUGCCGUGCAUUCCUAACGGCGAACGAUGUUGUUGAGGGCAUUUAUAAACUGAAUCUGGCGUUUGUGGCGAACCUGUUCAAUACCCAUCCGGCACUAGAUAAGCCCGUGGACAGACCGAUGGAGGAUAUCGCUUCGUUUGAGGAAACACGGGAAGAGAAAACUUAUCGCAACUGGAUGAACAGCAUGGGAGUCAACCCGUACGUCAACUAUUUGUACGGAGAUCUAAGCAGCGGACUGAUUAUAUUUCAGCUGUAUGAUAUUAUUAAACCCGGUAUUGUGAACUGGAAAAAGGUCAUCAAGACAUUUAAUAAAAUGCGAGGAUUCAUUGAGAAGGUUGAAAACUGCAACUACGCGGUUGAUCUUGGUCGGCAGUUGAACUUUUCACUGGUUGGAAUUGCUGGUCAGGACAUUAGCGAUGGGAAUCCCACGCUUACACUAGCUUUGGUUUGGCAACUUAUGCGUGCGUACACGUUAAGCAUCUUAACAAAACUGGCAAGAUCGGGAAAUCCUAUUGUUGAAAAAGAAAUUGUGCAGUGGGUUAAUAAAAAGCUGGUAUCAGCCGGGAAAACAUCUUCGAUACAAAGUUUCCAAGACUCCAGUGUUUCGGAUGCCAAAGUAGUGAUAGAUUUGAUCGAUGCAAUUAAACCGGGAUCCAUUAAUUACAGCCAACUGCAGGCGGCUUCGACAAAAGAAGAAAAACUGGCCAACGCCAAGUAUGCCAUAUCAAUGGCCCGUAAGAUCGGAGCCAGAAUAUACGCUCUACCGGAGGACAUCGUGGAAGUAAAGCCCAAGAUGAUAAUGACAGUGUUUGCUUGUUUGAUGGCGCGCGACUACAUUCCGGAUAUGGGCACGGUGCCGGGCAAGGAAGCCAACGGUAAUGGUCAUCAUCUGGACGAAGAGGACAUUUCACCCACCGGCACAAUGGAUUCAGGAAAACAUGGGCGCAAUUGAGCGGAUCUGCCCAGACGGUGAACGGCUGCAGCAAUUGUCUGUUGUCCAGUUGAUGUCACCUGGUCAGUGGAGAUUUUAAGGUUUUGUAAGGUUAUGUGUCUGCAGUUGAUUGUAUCCGGAAACGUCUGCAAUCCUUUUUUUGUGAGAAAUCAUUGUACUGUUAUUUUCCUAUAUUUGAAUUUUUAUUGAUUAUUGCUUGUGGCAUAUAUGAUGGCUAACGGCCUGGUGGAAUAUCACACACUGUGUAUAGAUAUUUAAGCCUUUAUUAUUGUGAACCUAUGGUUGCAAUUUUUAAAUAAAUUUAGUGGUUUCA